GGGAUCACAACCCUCCUAGAGGAACAGCAGUCCCCCAGACCAGCUGUGAACGGGCGGCCUUCUGCCCAGGCCCCCUGCAAUCCUCCAAGAGAGCUCAGAUCAGACCCCCCCUUCCGUAGCCAUUUUGGCUCAAGCCCUUCCGGCCCCAAAAGCCGCCGCGCCGCCGAUGGCGCCGACCGACGCUGACGGCGCCUCGCCGCGCGACGCCGGGCCCGCCCGCCGCGGGCCCUCCCCGAGGAGCGCUGCCCCGUGCGAGGGGGUGGCCAAGUACCCGCCGUGCUGGAAGCACGCGCCCACCCUUCUCGAUGAGGAAGGCCCCCCCCCUCCCAGCGGCCAGGACGCGAGCCUGCUGGAGGCUGUGGAGCGCCACCCGUUCCAGGCGCAGUGCGCGUUGGUUCUAUCGGUGACCGACCUGGGCGAGGGCUGGGCUGGAACCUGGAAGGUCGGUGCGGCCGACUACGACAAGCUGAAGUCGGAGAUGUUCUGCGAGAUUGAUGGCUCGGCGCAGAAGAACGGCAACAUCUCGUGGGAGGACUUCGAGGCCUACUGCGAGGAGCACACGGAGGAGAUCCUGAAGGGCCCGAGCCUGUUCCACGGCAUGCUCCACGAGAGCUCGAGGCACAAGGCCUUCGAGACGUUUGACGGAGACGGGCACGCCGGACUGUCCAGGGCGGAGUUCGACGCCUUCGUCCGCAGCCUGCAGGGCCAGCACCUGCAGCACCUGCUGCGGAGGGCGCACCUCCAGGGCCGGGCCUUCUGGGGCAGGCGCGCAGGGGCCCGGGGGGCGGAGGUCCGCAGCGAGCGCGGGCUGGAGGUGGUGCGGGCGGUCGUGGACGCGGCGGCCCUGCAGGAGGCGGACGGCAGCGCCCGACCCACGGGGCGCCUUCUCCUCGGCCGCGACGCGGACAUCGAGCUGGCCGACGGGGGCGUGUGCCUGGGCGUCUUCGCCCUGGGCUGGUGGGAGGACUUCAAGUACUAUUCCGCCAACAACCACCCUCUCCACGGCAUCCUCAUGUGCGACCCUGGCCACCCGCUGGACUGGAAGGAGAGGCUGAUGAUGGAGAUCAGCACGCUGUGCUACACCUGGUUUGUCAUGCAGACGGCCACGCAGCUCUCAGAUGCGGCGGACGCCAUCACGUGGGGGCCCGAGGGUAAAGCUCUUUGCAGCGUGCUGUUCACGACGAUCACAGGGAUGGUUUGGUGGUACGCCCUGUUUAUGCUUUUUACAGUGCCCUGCACCGACGUUGACGAGUCUGCCGAGAGUGCCUCGAAGGUCGCAAAGAUGAAAACCAUUCGGCGCAGUUGUGAGGCAGUUGGCUAUUUUUUGGUUUUGUCCGCAGUCCUGAUGGCAACGUGGUCCCUCUGGGUGCACACAGAUUAUGUCGCACGGCCAGUCCUCUUGGGCCGUCUUAAGGCCUAUGCAAUAUCGUGGCUUUUAAUGUUCUUCCUCCAGUUCAACCCUGUCGUAGCGUUUGGAAACUCCGACCCCGCGCAAAAGCCCACUUUGAUAGACAAACUCGCCGCCAUCAUUGGCAUCGGCCAGUGGAGAAUCGAGAAGAUGACAUUCCAGUACCUCUGCAUUCGCGGCCUCGGGGACCUGGACAACGGGAAAGCGCCCGGCGACGCAGAGUUCCAUAAUAUGACGGAUCGAUCCUGCCUGCCGCGCGGUUGUUGCUAUCGGCGCGUCGGCAGGUGAUUCGGUUUGCACGCAUGUGUCGAAAAUUUUCCCUCCUAGCAUGCCAACGUGUAGUUCUCGUGUUCUCGUGUAUCGUAAUUCACAUAUGUGAGUGAGCUGGCGUGCGCAUAUAUGCUUUUCUAGGCACGCGCGUACGAUCUACAGUUGCACUGCUUUUCGGUUUGAACUUGUUUGUCAACUCGUGCACGCCAAGGAUAGGGAGGGCAGCAAUGCAGUUGCAACAUAAGCAGCGCAUGCCCCUCCUCGUCUUUGUCUCAGUGUUUCCCCUGCGGCGUCCGCGAUUGCGGCUUGGUCUUUGACCCGACAGCCGCUCGUGCACGGGGCUACACUUGCAGGAUUGGCCCAGCGUCUGUCCAAUGCCCUGCCAGCAUCCUUGCGUCAAUCUGUCGCGCACGUGUGCAACGUGCAGAGUACAACGCAGCAGCAGGCGGUGUUGCUUGCACGGGUUGUGCCGACUCGCUGGCGUGCUCGGGUUUAACAUACCAAGCUGCGGAAUGUCUGUCAUUGCUUUGGUUCCUUCGAUUGCCUCCGCAUGAUCUCGCUCAUGUAGUCGCUGCCUUUGCUGCUGCUCCUCAUCUUCGUCCCGUGUGCCUCCCUCCUCCCUGCUGCUUCCAAGAAGCACGGCGCCGAUUUGCCCGCGCAGAGGUCUCGAGGCGCUGCAUGCUUAGACGCGGCUGGUUAAUUGCCCCUUCCACCCAUGGAGGGCCGCACAUGGCAGAGCAAGGGAGGAAACCACCCCGAGGGGCGUGAGGACCAGGUAAGAAAA